CUUGCCUCAGUGGUCCUUCGGGUCAUGCAUCCAGAGAUGUAUUGGGCGUUGGUUGCCAUGCACAUCAAUCUCGGUCAAUGGGCCUUUGAAAACAAUCUCAGUGACAUUUAUACUCAUCUCCAGCUUUGGGCCUCAGUCUUCAACUGCGCAUCCAUCAUAUGCAACAGGCAAUGUCCCCUUCACCAGGAUCCAAGAUUGGCUCCAGAGGGGUUUGACCUCAUGACCAGUGUUGGCAAUUACUCCGAUGACCUCAUGACCCUUUCCAGCCUCAGAAUUCAGCUGCAAUAUAACUCUGGUUCUAUGGUCACCUGCUCCAGACAUAUCAUCAGGCAUGGAUUCAUGUUCACUGGUGAUUGCAUCAUCUGGGCAUGGUUCAUGUGUGAUAGCCUUCAC